GACGUGCCCGGUCCUCCCCGCGGUACCCCCAACGCGGACUCGGGGUGGAGGCGCCAGUUUCCCGCUAUCGCUGAGCCUGUGCGGACGUGUGCGGACCCGUGAGGACGUGUGCGGACCCGUGAGGACGUGUGCGGACCCGUACGGACCCGUACGGACCCGUGCGGGAGGGCGGGAGGAAGAUGGAGAGGAAGGAAGGCGGAGUCUGCGGGGAAAACGAAACCGAGAGCGACCUACCCAGAGCCCGCCAAGAUUCUGCGGACAGCAGCGGCGCGGGUGAGCGGCGAGGGGCAGCCGGCAGCCACCGAGGCGCGAGCAGCCCGCAUCCCCAGCCCGGGACUGGACUCUGGUUACUGUAGGAAAAAAUGGCCAGUGGUCGUUCACCAUGUUUCUAUAUAGAAGAACUUAAUCAGUACCAACAAAAGAACAGUGCAGUACUUAAGUAUCGUGAACUGUCUAAGACAGGACCUCCACAUAACUUAACGUUUACCUAUCAAGUUAUAAUAGAUGGCAGAGAAUUUCCAAAGGCUGAAGGUAGAUCAAAGAAGGAAGCCAAAAAUGCUGCCGCCAAAUUAGCUUUUGAAAUAAUUAGUAAAGAACAGAAGGCCGCUAGUCCUUCAUCACUGCAGACAGGAAGUCCUUCAGAAGUGCCACCCAUUGAGAAUUACAUAGGCCGUCUUAAUAGGAUUGCCCAGAAGAAAAACCUAUCUGUAUUUUAUGAAGCAUGUGAAUCGAGGGACGGUGGGCCCGAAAAAUUUCAUUAUAAAUGCAAAGUUGGAGAGAAUGAAUAUGGUAUUGGUAAAGGUUCCACUAAACAGGAGGCAAAACAAUUGGCUGCUAAACUGGCUUAUGAAAAGAUACAGUCAGAAAAUUUAAUGAAAGCUGACGCAUCCUCUGGUUGUUUCAAUACUGCGUGUGGUGAUGUCCAAAGCAACUCUUCAGCAACAAGCACAUUUGCUUCUGAGUCACCAUCUGAAAAUGACUUCUCAACAAAUGAAGCAGAAAGCAAUGAUAACAGUGACACAUUAGACAAGUCUUUCCAAUCUCCAGGGAACAGUUCCAGAAAUAAUCCCAGAAAUGUGAAGAGAUCUUUGGCACCUACAUUUGACUCUCCUGUGAAGGGGGAAGAAAACAGGUAUACAGUGGACUCCAGGUUUAUCAGAGAUUUUACAGAAGUAACACUAAUUGACGCAGGUGGAUUUGGCCAAGUUUUCAAAGCCAAACACAGAAUUGAUGAGAAGACUUAUGUUAUUAAAUGUGUUAAAUAUAAUAACGAGAAGGUAGAGCGUGAAGUGAAAGCUUUGGCAGUGCUUGAUCAUGCAAAUAUUGUUCACUACCACGGUUGUUGGGCCGGGCUUGAUUACGAUCCUGAGCAAAGCAUAAAUUCUUCAAGAUCAAAGACUAGGUGCCUUUUCAUCCAAAUGGAAUACUGUGAUAAAGGGACAUUGGAGCAAUGGAUUGACAGUAGAAGAGGCAAGGAACAAGACAAAUGUUUGUCUUUGGUAUUCUUUGAACAAAUAACAAAAGGAGUGCAUUACAUACAUUCAAAACAGUUAAUUCAUAGAGACCUUAAGCCAAGUAAUAUAUUUUUAGUAGGUAUGAACAAAAUAAAGAUUGGAGACUUUGGACUUGUAACAUACCUGAAAAAUGAUGAAGCGCGGACAAGUAAACAGGGAACUAAGCGAUACAUGAGCCCAGAACAGAUUUCUUCUGUGGAAGACUAUGGAAAUGAAGUGGACAUCUUUGCUUUGGGGCUAAUUCUUGCAGAACUUCUUCACAUAUGUUCCACUUUGACAGAAACAGUGAAGCUUUUUGAAAAUCUAAGGGAUGGCAUCUUCUCAGGUGUAUUUGACAACAAAGAAAAAAAUCUUCUCCAGAAAUUACUCUCAAAUGAUCCCAAGAAACGACCUAACACAUUGGAAAUACUGAAGACUUUGAAGGAGUGGAAUAAUAUUGCAGAGAAAAAGGAACGAAAUACAUGUUAGAUACUUAAAAAGUAUCCUUCUUCUGAUACUCCAUUUUCCUAUAACUGUCUAAAGUCUGCUUGGGUAUAUUAAUGGUAUUUAUCUUCUAUUUUCCUUUCUCCCUUAAUUUUUUGCCACAUUUGCAGAAAGGUUUGCAUUUUUUCUUACUUCAAAAACAUUCUUACAUUUGCCUUCCCCUUGCUCAUCUCCUUAUUAUGAAGAUGGAGGGAAAAUGCCUCAAAUUUUCUUUUUAAUACCAAUUAGUUAAUCAAUUAAUGAAUGACUAUUUAUUAAAUGCCUGCUGUUUCUAGGCCAGAGAGAUAUAAGAUCUAUCUCUGUCCAAAAUAGCUAACAAUCCAGCUGGAGAAAUAUGGUAACCAUGAAAAGAUAAGUAUAAUCACUUUGGAAAGCAAUUUGGUAUCAUCUAGCAAAGUUAAAUGUAUAUUGCCAUUCCUGAAAAGCCAUCAAUUCCAUUGCUACAUACAUGUGCACAGGAAUGUUCAUAGAAAUGCCAUUUAUUAUAGUCAAAGGAACAGGAAACAGCGCUAAUGUGCACCAGAAGAAGAAUGGAUACAUAAAUUGUAUUCACACACUGGAAUACUAUAUAGUGUCUUAUAGUGAAAAUGAAGGAAUUACAGCUAAAUGCACUAACGUGCCACAUCUGUCAGGAACAUAAUAUUAAGCAAACAAAGCAGAUUGCAGAAAAUACUGUAUAAAGUUCAAGAACAUGCUAAGUGAAAUGUGUGCUUAGGUGUUCAAGCAAAUGUGGUAAAACAAUAAAGGGAAGGAAAGGAUUGAGAACUAUUAUUAGAUUCUGAUAGUGAUUGUCUCUGAGGAGGGAUGGGAGUGAUGUGAUUGGAGAAAUGGACUUCCGAAGUAACAGUUAACUUUCUUUUCUUACACUGGCUGUUGAGUCCACUAGUGUCUACUGCAUAAUUAUUCUAUUUCUCUUAAAUACAUUUUGUACCUAUUAUAACAGACACUUUAAAGAGAUGAUAACUAUGCUGUAAGACAGUAGCUGAGCAUAGAAAACAAUCAGUCUGGAGGGGUGAGAUCACUCUGUGCUGAGGAACCAUGGCACAGGGCUUAGAAGUGACACUCCAGUGAGACUUCCAAGUAGGUGAAGGAUUUAGAUGAAUAGAGAGGAGAACAUUUGGGCAGUAUGGGCAAGGGGCAUGGCAUGCGUUCUGGAAAAGAUAGAUUUGAGGAACAUUGGGUAUACUAGUUUGUUUCCCUGAAUUGCUGUAGGGAAGGCCGGAAAAUAAUAUGAGCUGUAUCUUGGAAGAAGCUGAGGGUUACUUUAAGCUUUAUAGCAUCCAACUGCCGUUCUAGAAUUGUCAUAUAAUUUUACAAUUUUAAAAAUGAGCCAAAUUUAGGCUUAGCAGAAAAAUCAUAGUAAUAAUAUUUUUGUGAAGGCUUAUAGCAAUUUCUAAAAAGUGUUACUAAAAGCAUUUAAUAUGGUCUUCAACUCCCAUGCAGUAUUUGAUUAAGGCAAGGGUCAUCAAUGGAUACUAAAAUUAUUGGUUGAAAAGGCGUUGGGAAACAGGAGCCUCAAAAGGAUUUAAAUAUAGUCCGACAGAUGAUAUUACAAAGGGGAAAAUAUAUCUUUAAAAUGGAAAGAUCUUAUCACCACAAUAAUAAAGUAAUUAAAUUUAGCAUCACCGAAAGUGGAAGAACCUAACAUCAUGACCCUCCUGAUGUGAUAUAAGAAUUAUACACUAUCACCUAUUUAGUUUUCUUGCCCAAAGUGUUUAACUGGAAUUUAAUCAUGAGGAAAUGAUUAGAUAAAUCCUGAAAGAAGUCAUUCGAUGAGGUAAUUAACUUGGAUUUCUCAGAAAGUCAGUAUCAUGAAAAAAAAAAAAGUAGGGGAAUUCUUCUAAACACAAAGAGACUAGAGACAUAUAAUGACCAAAUGCAAUGACCAAAUGCAAUGCUUGAAUCUUGAUUGUAUACUGGAUAUUAAUAAAAGAAAGAAAGAAAAACCCAGAAAAUAGCUAUAAGACAUUUUUCAGGUAGUUGAGAACAUUUGAAUAUAGACUGCAUAUUAAAUGAUGUUAUAGAAUAAUUGAUAAUUUUCUUAGGUGUGAUAAUGAUAUUAUGGUCAUGCCAGAAAAUGUCUUAUUCCUAGGCAAUGCAUGCAGAAAUAUUUAGGGGUGAAGUGGCAUGACAUAUGCAACUUCCAAAUGUUCAGCAAAAAUCAAUGAUAAUACAUAUGUAUACAGAAAGAUAAUAUAUAUAGUACAUAUAUAUAUAGAAAGAGAGGAAAUGUGGCAAAAUGUUAACAAUUGAAAAAUUGAUAAAUCUAGGUGGACAAUAUAGAAGUGUUUCUUGUAUUAUUCUUGGAGCUUUUCUGUAGGUUUGAAAUUUUUCUGGGUGGAGAGAAAUCUUUUUUAAGAAACUAAUAUUAUCUGGAUUUGAUGAAUAAGGCUAAACUCAAAAGAAAAACCAAUGAAUGUGACAAAUUAGUGUGAAUGUGGCCUUAUUUUUACCUUCUUUCAUUUUUUAAAUUUAAGUAUAGUUGAUUUGCAAUAUUGUAUUAGUUUCAAGUGUACAACAUAGUGAUUGAAUACUUUUAUAUAUCCUUCUCUCACUUUAAUAUUUCUACUACUAUGAAGUAAAUAAAGCAUCCCUUGAUGCUUUUAUUUAUUUGAGU